AUGCCUUCCGGACCUGGGAAAGCGUCGCCGGGAUUCCAGCUACCAGAGCCUGAGAAUAUAUACGUCGCAUCCCCGCCGAAGUCGAGCGGGGAUCCGGCUCUUAUUCUGAAGGCAGCGCAGUUGCUUCGCUCCGCGCGGGCACCACUGUUGAUUCUCGGGAAGGGCGCGGCGUAUGCCCGCGCGGAACAAGUAAUUGGGCAGCUCGUCGAGAGGACGCAGAUACCCUUCCUUCCUACGCCGAUGGGGAAGGGGAUCAUCCCUGAUGCGCAUCCACUGAACGUAUCCAGUGCCCGCAGCGCAGCUCUGAAGAACGCAGACGUCGUGCUCGUGCUUGGGGCGAGACUGAACUGGAUCCUGCAUUUUGGAGAACCGCCCAAGUGGUCGCCCACGGCGAAGAUCAUCCAGGUCGACAUCGCCGCGGAAGAGAUCGGACGUAAUGCAGGAAACGCCGAACUGGGCAUCGUUGGCGACAUCAACCUGGUCGUGGAGCAAUUGCUCGUGACGCUGUCGAAUUGGCGGUAUAGCACUACGAGUCAAUUCCCCAAGUUACUGGCUGAAUCGGCGAAGAAGAACGAAGCCAAAGCGCAAAAGGCCGCUCUGAUGCCUACACCGCGCAGCCCUGAUGCAUUCCUGACCUACCAGCGGGCAUACCAUAUCAUUAAGACAACACUGAAUUCGCUCUCACCUUCUUCAUCGUCGGAAGAAGGAAACAUCGUCUACGUCUCCGAAGGCGCAAACACAAUGGACAUCUCCCGCUCGAUAUUCCCACUCAGCCAACCCCGCCACCGUCUCGACGCAGGCACCUACGCCACCAUGGGCGUGGGGAUGGGGUAUAUAAUCGCGGCGCACGAAGCAUACAACACGCCUGUCGGGACGAUAGCGAACGGCAAACCAAAGAAGAUCGUUGCACUGGAAGGCGACAGCGCGUUCGGGUUCAGUGCGAUGGAAAUCGAGACCAUGGCACGCUACCGUAUUCCGGCGUUGAUAUUCGUCAUGAAUAACUCCGGUAUCUACCACGGGGACACGAAGACUGAAGAUGCCUGGAAGGUUCUGCAGGAGCAGACGGUUGCGAAUGAUACGAAGAGCUCUGGAUCUUCAGCUGCGUCCGGUAAUGAGAAGAGAGGACUGCGGUCGACGAGUCUCUUGUACGAAACGCGGUAUGAAAUGCUCGCUACCAUGUGUGGGGGGAAGGGAUACUUUGUUCGCAGCGAAGAGGAACUAGAACGGGCUACGCGGGAGGGAUUUCAAAAUGAUGUCCCUACAGUGGUGAAUGUUAUUAUUGAACCGGGGGUUGGGAAGACGAUCCAGUUUGCAUGGCAGGGGAAGGAUAAUAAGGAAGGGCAGGCGAAGUUAGUGCUCAAUCGCAGCAUAGAUAUCAAAUAUGAGCAUCCUUCAGGGAAGUAA